GUGACUGCCUUGAUGAAGGCUGGUCAAGGUCGCUGAAGCAUUAAGGGGUUGAUUUCAAUUUCACGCUACCGUGUGGUUUGAAAUGCAUGAUUGUAGUUCUGUGUUCGUAAUUCCAGAUAGCGUUACAUGUCAGCCUUCAAAGUGUUCUUUAAUUAGACUAAAACAUCCAAGAUCAGAUUUACCUUGUUUGUAUCUGUGGGAUAGUCAGUCUUCAGAGCUUUUUGAAAUUCAGAAAAUUGACGAAAAAUGUCGGUCUUGGAUGCUUGGUGAAAAUAUCAAAUCUGGUAUAUAUAUUUAAAUAUUUGUCAUAUGAAGACAUGUAGAUGGUGGAAUGUACGUUUGUAGUCGCAUUGACCCUCUCUUCUUCUUCAUAUCAUUCUGCAGAAAAAAUGACAAGUUUAUUUCAUGGGAUGCUAUUUUGAGUGAAAUUGGUGGAUGUUUCGAUGUCUUCAGCAACAUUCCCAACAUGGAAAGUCGUCUUGAAGAAAUUUGUGACAAAAGGUGUAUUGGUAGUUUAUCUGUUUAUCGGUUAAAUGAAUCUAAGGCGAUCGAGUGGUUGUCGAAUAGAGUAUCUGCUGUUUAUAAGGCUUCCUUCAACUGCAAGAAUCCUGUUUUAGUUUCUCAGCUUCGAUUAAUUGCUACUAGUUCGUCUUCUGAUCAGUACGAUGGAAAAAGUGAAGAUUCACGGGUUCCAGAAUUUACUUCUAGUUCCAAAGAAGCUGAAAUAUUAUCAACCAAUCAAUUGUCACAUCAAACAUGUUUACGUUUAGCCUAUCAAUUAGUAGCUGAUUAUCUUUCACCUGAUUUAUUCAUUAAGCUUCAAGAAAAAAUAGGAUUAAAAACGACUGAAUUCAAUUCGCCGGAUAUGAAUUCCUCUGAAAAUAUUAAUCCUAUUGAUGAUAAAUCUAUCCAGAAGUCAUUUGAUUCGAAAAAUUAUCAACCUAAGGAGGACUAUUCUUCAGCAUUAAAGUUAAAUGAAUCAAAGAUCAAUGAGCCAAUUAUAAAGAAAGCGAAAAUUCCAAAAGGUGUACAAUCCAUUACAAAUUUCUUUAAUAAAAAAUAGUAAUUUUAUCAUUACUAAUUCAUUUAAUGGAAUAUUUAAUCUAUCCCAUUUUUGAAAUCAAUUUAUCAUGUAUAUGUAUUAUUUGUUAUUAUGAUGAUCUCAUGUUUAAAAA